CCUAAGGAACAGAAGCCGGUUGCGGCGGGCGGGGGGAAGCGCACACGCAGUCGAUCCCCCGUCGGCCACACCGCCGAAGAAACCCGCCACGCGUUCCACGCGAAUUCGUACGCCGACACCACCUUCCCGCUCGCUAAAUUCUGCGGGUGCGGAGGCGACAUCUCCCACUCGUCCCCUCACCGCCGUAUUGCCCGCCCCGCCACCGUCGUGCGAUGACACGAGGAAGACGGAGAAGGAUAUUUGGAGCCAAGUGGAGCCCUUCCAGCGCCGAACAGCGGCGAAGGAUUUCGACAGCAAACAUAUGCUGAAAUUCAUCACGUGGAAUGUUGCUGGCCUGCGUGGGCUGCUGCGGAAGGAUGGCCAGGCGAUCCAACGACUGCUCGAGGAGGAGAGGCCGGACGCGUUGUGUCUGCAGGAAACGAAGCUGAACCCGGACGAUCCACAAAAUGGAAAGUUGGGCGAGGUGCCAGGGUAUUGCUUCGUCGACCACGUCUGCCGCGCAAAGAAGGGGUACUCUGGCACACGGACGUACAUCAAAAAUACGGCGGCCGCGGAGUGGAAGACGGUCACCGUAAAGGGAUUUGGCACUUUGAAAAGCCCGCAGGAUGUCGGUCAUAGUGACGGGGAUGAGGAGGGACGCGUUCUCACCACGUACUUUGGGACGCAAGGAAAGGGCAGCGAGACAUUUGCCCUGGCGCUGGUGAAUACAUACAUUCCCAACAGUGGGAUGUCGCUGGAGCGCCUCCCGUACCGCUGCCAGAAGUUUGAUUUGCGGAUCCGGCAACAUUUAUGCGCCUUGGGACGCUCUUACAACCACGGCAAGGAGGAGGGCGACGCCCCGUCACUCGCAGGGUUCAUCUGGGCAGGCGACCUGAAUGUCGCCGAGCGUGACUACGACCGUUACUUUGCCGGCUCCUACAAGGCGAUGCAGAAGUGCAGCGGCUUCACGCCGGAGGAACGCGCCUCGUUCCGUGAAACACUGCGGGUGGCAAAUGCGGUGGACACCUUCCGUGCGUUGUACCCAAAGGCGGCACCCGUUUACACAUUUUGGUCUGCGCGCAUCAACGGCAGGGCCCGGGGCCUCGGUUGGCGGCUGGACUACUUCGUGGUCUCCGCCGCGUUGGCCCGCCACGUCGUGGACUGCUUCACGAUGCCCCACGUGAUGGGGAGUGAUCACUGCCCGCUGCAGAUGUGGCUGCGCAGGUGA